AUGGAUUGUCCAAGCAGCAAAAAGGCACAUAUUCGCCUUGCAGGAACAGAUAAAUCCGUGCUCGCGGAUGUCUCCAGCAGUCAGGUUGCCAGCGAAACGAACUUGUGGUACCUAGAUUUCCGUCUUCAUGCAAGUGUAGCGAAGGAGGAUAGCGGCCCAAAAGGAGAUAUUUUCAGUGUUGAACUGGAUGCAAAAAGCUCUCUAGCUGAGAGCUUCCUUGAAUCUUGCUUAAACGAAAUUACGGCUGGACCAAACAGUCCAAUUAUCCCAAUUCGUUUCCUCCUGCCGUCCACCAAUGGUUCGGUUGUUCGAAGUGACUUUCUAGAACGACGACUAGAGUGCUGUGAACGUGUCGCCAAUGUUGUCUCCUUUCUCUCUCCGUUGCAGUCCGUGAACGCUGCUCCCUACCAAGAUGUUUCUGUCACUACCCCAGCCACGGUUCUGUCAAAGGCGAUUGGUGCUAUCCGUUUACAUCCUCAUGCUUCUUUUCAAGCACUCGAUGCCGACUUGGUGAAUCGAUUAUCCUUUUCGUGGCUACUACCUACACCUCUAUCACCACGUCGCAUCGCUUGGGUUCAGGGCCGUGAAGAUAUUGACUGCCUUGAGCGUGUACUUAAAGCCGCUGUUGCGAUGGGGAUCAAACUCGUGGUUAUGGACGAACGAGGCCACUGGCUGCAAGAUUUUCAGUCUCCUUGGGCGCAUUAUCGUGAAGCUUUCGUUGAGGUUGAUAUAACACCUAACGAUGGAUUCCCACAACGAGUGGCAGAUGCCGUGAAAGCAUACCCUAAACCCAUUGAUGGCAUUGUUACAAUCAGUGAUGUUCGACUACCUGGCGUAGCCAAGGCAUGCCGGAUACUCAACCUUCCCUCGGAGGAUCCUGAUGCGUACGAAGUGGCUGGUGAUAAAGGCCGCACGCGACUACUUGAAGUAGUGGGAGCCAAUGAAAGUUUUGUCUUGGAAAGUGCUGAUGGGUUGGAGGCGCACCUCGCAAACCGCUCUCAACAGGGUCUACCACCGCUUUGCUUUCCCCUGGUUGUAAAGCCAGUCGUGGGUUGGUCCAGUGACUGCGUCACCAAAGUGCGCAAUGAGACUGAGUUGGUAGCUGCCGUCCGAAAAGCAUCAGAUCGCCAUGCCGAUUCUGCAAAGCGCAGUACCUCUGUAGUGGUAGAACCUUACGUGGACGGGCCCGAAGUCGAUGCGAAUUUUGUCCUUCUAGAUCAAGAGAUACUUUUCUGCGACAUCAACGACGACUUUCCUAGCCCGGCUGAUCUGAGAGAAGAUGGUGCUAAGGCUAGCUUUCAAGAAACCCAGAACGUGAUCCCUUCGGCGUUGUCUGCAGUUGAAAUCGCGGCAGUUCAGGAACAAAUGCGAGCAUCAGUCCUACGUCAGGGGUUCAAAUCUGGGGUCUUCCACUGCGAGGCUCGCGUUCGGAACUCACGAGCCAGAUAUACAGUCCAGGAGGGUGGGCUGAUCGACCUCAAGACAACGAAACCAGAAAUUACGAGACCAGAAGAUAUCGAGGUUUAUCUUCAUGAAGUGAAUGCUCGACCCGCCGGGUAUCUAGAGUCGGUGGCAGUGGCUCUCGCAUAUGGGGUCGACUACUAUGCUACCAGGAUGCUAUUGGCACUUGGUCCAGACGAAACCGCUCGUGUACGGGCAUUGUCCCAACCCUUCCGGGAUGGCCCGCAAUUCCAUUUAUCAGUAAUGAUCAUCCAACAGACUCAAGCAGGGAUCAUGAAGACGGUAGACGCGGUAGUGGAGUUCCUGAACAAACACCCCCACAUACGGCCGAACGUGGUGGACUACUACACGCGCAAGAAAGGAGGGGACAUUUUGGAGGGUCCGGAUGCGGCGUCGUUGUGGUGGAUCGCGUUCUUCUCGGUGGUGUCCCGGGUAUCGCGGCGGGAUCUCUUAGAGCAUGUCGAGUAUAUCGAGUCACAUUUUGAGUAUGAGACGGACAAAGGGGUGGUGCAGAUAAGGUCAACAAAGCCUUAA